GUCACGAUGAUGCUGUUAUUGGUAACAUUUCUUCUACUUCACCAUGGACAUACGCUGGAUCCAGUGACCACAGUUCAACUUGGUGAACCUGUAACUUUGACAUGUGUUUUACCUCCUGGUGAUUUAAGCAGUAAAAUUCACUGGUACAAGCAGAGAGCAGGGGAAACUCUAAAACUGAUUGCGACACUGCGACAAACUGCACAACCUCAGUAUGGACAAGGGUUUAAUGCCUCAAGAUUGGAAGUAAAAGACAAUAAGAACAUCAGCAGUCUGACCAUAUUCAGGACAAUCCCAGAAGAUGAAGGAAUGUAUCACUGUGCAGUCAUGGAAUGGAAUGUGAAUACUUGGAGUGCGACAUAUUUGUUAUUAAAAGGGAACACCCAGAGAAAUGUUACUGUUCGUCAGUGGCCAACAGUAUUAGAUCCAGUCCGUGCAGGGGAUUCUGUGACUCUCAACUGUUUAGUCCUCUCAGACUCUGAUAACAAGAUGUGUCCUGGAGAUCUCAAUGUCCUCUGGUUCAGAGGACAAAACUCUCAUCCAAAUAUCAUCUAUGUUGAUGGAAAGAACCAAACUGAAUGUAAGAAGCAAUCAGACAUUCAGAAGAGCUGCGUUCAUCGCUUCUCUAAGAAGGUCAGCUCCUCUGAUGCUGGGACUUACUACUGUGCUGUUGUCACAUGUGGAACGAUAUUAUUUGGAGAUGGAACUCAACUGCAAAUAGAAGAAACAGGUUGGGAUCUCAUUGCGCUGGUAAUAGCAAUAAUCUGCCUGGUCAUUUCAGUGAUUGUAAAUAUUGUUUUCACCUGUUUCGGAAGACCAAGACUAGCAUGUAAUAAAUUUAAAGACAGCACAUCUUCACAAGGAAGAAAUGACAACUUGACUCAACCACUGGAUGAUAUUAAUGAAGGAGAGCAGGAUCUGAACUAUGCAGCAAUACAUUUUCCUGGAAGGAAAGCUACAAAAGGAAGCAAUAAAAAAGAACAGAAGACUGAAGAAUGUGUUUAUUCUCAAGUUAAGCGCUGAUGUGAAUGUGUUAACCAACCCUCUUACAAAGUGAACAAAAUCAUAUUGUGGGUUAUUCCACUGAAGAUAACUUUAAUAAUGUUUUGUGAUGCAAAUAAAUCAGGAUUUACAACCGCAAUCAGUUCUAUGUGGCUUAUACUUCUUGUUUCAUUAAUUCCAGUAGAGUUUCAGGCUUCACUUAAAUAAGUUAUUGCACUACAUAUUUUGGUCUUAAUUAAGAUGUGAAAAUUACCACAUUAAUGUAUGUUGCUUA